AUGCUACAUGGGAUUAUUGGAAACAGGGAGAAGUCGAUCCGGAUAACGAUCGUCGCUGCCGAUUCGCUCAUCAAGCGGGACAUCCUGCGUCUGCCGGACCCGUUCGCGAUCGUCUCGGUCGAUGGGGAGCAGAUCCACACGACGAGCGUCAUCAAGAAGACGCUGAACCCUUAUUGGAAUGAUACCGUCAAGGACUCGUCCGUCGUCGCUGUUCAGAUCUUUGACCAGCGCAAGUUCAAGCGGAAGCAGGACCAGGGAUUCUUGGGUGUCAUCAACCUGAAGGUAUCGGAUGUGAUCGAUCUGGAGCUUGGCGGGCAGGAAAUGCUCACUCGCGAGCUCCGCAAGGGAUCCGACCAGGUCACCGUCCAGGGCAAACUCAUCGUCUACCUUUCUACCCAGACCCAGACCCCUAUCGCCAACCCCGGCCCGUCCACGUCCACCUCGGGCGCCACCAUCGCGUCCACCGCUGCCGAUACCUCGGCGGCAACUUCCCGCCCCGCUUCGUCCAUCCGGCCGUCUGAUGACCCACCCGCCAUCCAGCCGGAGAAUCAGACACCCAUCAUUACCGCUCCAUCAGCGGCUGUUCCGCUCCCGCAGAACCCGAACGCGGUCGCUGCGGCCUCCCUCGGCGCGCCUACCGUCAUGCCCUCUGCUCAGGCGGCGUCUACCGGUCAGACCGGUACCAACAACACGCCUGGCCACCAAUUCGACUCGCACGCUGACCAGCUCGGUCGGUUGCCUGAAGGCUGGGAGCGCCGGAUCGACCACCUCGGGCGUCAAUACUAUGUCGACCACAACACGCGUACCACCACCUGGAACCGUCCUAGCGACAGCCAGAGCAGCAACACUGCCAACCAGGCUACGUCGACCACGGAGGCGCGUGCGCGUCACAACCAGCGUACCCUCGCGGAUGACAUGCUGGACGUCCAGCACGGCAGCGCGGGAACGGGCGCUACCACCCCUACCGCGGGCGGCGCGGCCGUUCCUGGUGCUCAGAGCAACGUCACAUCGGUCGGAGCGGGUCCUUUGCCCGCGGGAUGGGAGCAGCGGUUCACCCCCGAGGGUCGGCCGUACUUUGUCGACCACAACACGCGGACCACCACCUGGGUCGAUCCGCGUCGACAACAACUCCUGCGCGUGAUCGCUCCGGGCCAGGGCAACCUCUCUGUCCAGCCCCAAACCGUCUCGCAGCUCGGCCCCCUUCCCUCGGGCUGGGAAAUGCGACUCACCUCUACGGCGCGCGUCUACUUUGUCGACCACAAUACCAAGACGACGACAUGGGACGACCCGCGUCUCCCGUCCUCGCUCGACCAGAAUGUGCCGCAGUACAAGCGCGACUUUAGGCGCAAGCUCAUCUACUUCCGGUCUCAGCCGGCUUUGAGGAGCAACACGGGGCAGUGCCAUAUCAAGGUGUCGCGGGAGAGUAUCUUUGAGGGGAGUUAUACCGAGAUUAUGAGGCAGAGCCCGAAUGAUCUCAAGAAGAGGUUGAUGAUCAAGUUUGAGGGGGAGGAUGGAUUGGAUUAUGGAGGAUUGUCAAGAGAAUUCUUCUUCUUGCUCUCGCACGAAAUGUUCAACCCCUUCUACUGUCUAUUCGAAUACUCUGCCCACGACAAUUACACGCUCCAAAUCAACCCCAACUCAGGCGUCAACCCCGAACACCUCAACUACUUCAAAUUCAUCGGUCGCGUCGUCGGACUCGGAAUCUUCCACCGCCGCUUCCUCGACGCCUACUUUAUCGUCUCGUUCUACAAGAUGAUUCUGAAGAAGAAGAUUGCGCUGCCGGAUCUGGAAAGUGUGGAUGCGGGAUUGCAUCGGGGAUUGACGUGGAUGCUGGAGAAUGAUAUCACGGACGUGAUUGAGGAUACGUUCAGUAUUACCGAGGAACACUUUGGGGAGGUUGUGACGGUGGAUCUGAAGCCUGGGGGACGGGACGUGGAGGUUACGGAGGAUAACAAGAAGGAUUAUGUCGACUAUGUGACCGAAUACCGGAUCUCCCGCCGAGUCUCGGAACAGUUCGACGCAUUCAUGUCGGGUUUCAACGAGUUGAUUCCCCAGGAGCUCAUCAACGUGUUUGACGAGCGCGAGCUGGAGUUGCUCAUUGGCGGAAUGUCCGAAAUCGACGUGGACGACUGGCAGAAGCACACCGACUAUCGCGGGUACAACCCUAGCGAUGAAGUCGUCGAGUGGUUUUGGCAGAUUGUCAAGGCGUGGCCGGCCGAGAGGAAGAGUAGGCUGUUGCAGUUUACGACGGGGACGAGUCGGAUACCAGAUAAGUCUUUACUGGCCGGCUUUAAGGACCUGCAGGGCUCAGACGGACCUCGACGAUUCACCAUUGAGAAGGCGGGCGAGAUCAACCAGCUGCCCAAGAGUCAUACCUGCUUCAAUCGGAUCGAUCUGCCGCAGUAUCCUACCUUCCAGCUUCUCGAGAACAAGUUGACUAUUGCGUGA